UGGCUCACUGAGGGAAACCGGGCCAGGCCGGGGAUCCUGGGGGACGCCGCCACGGCCGGCGGCUGGAGGCCGAGGCACGGCGCCUACGAGGCGGAAGAGCGGACCGGCGGCCGCGGGGCUGGGCCCUGCGGGAAGGCAUCAAGAAACCGAUAAUGCUUCCUUGAAUUUGCUUCUGUAUUAGCUUCAUCAAUGUCUGUCUUAGUGACUAUCUUAAGGGAGAUGCUGGAAUAUUUUGGUGUCCCCAUAGACCAGAUUUUUCCAGUUUGGGAAAAUAAAGAAUAUGGAUCAGCUCGAAGUAUUGUUCGCAUUAUUGGGAAAAUUCUUCCUUUAGAGCCUUGUCCGAGGCCUAAUUUUGAGUUGAUCCGGUUCUUGAACUCUGUAGACUCUGAGAACUGUGGAUCUACAGUUCCAUCUUUUGCUGAUAUUUUGUUUGUGGCAAAUGAAGAAGAAGCCCAUUACCUCAGAUUUCGAAAUAGUGUAUGGAAAAAUGAAGGGGAGGAGAACGCUGAGUUUUUCCCUCCUUUGCAACCAUUUUGGGAUCCGUCGCCCCCUGCUCUGAGAUGUGACAAACGAUUGGAAAAUGAUGAGCCUGUAAGUGAAGCUGCGAUAAAAAAAAUAGCUGCUCUUGAAGAUGAGCUCGCCUUUCUUCGCUCCCAGAUUGCCGCGAUUGUGGAAAUGCAGGAACUGAAAAACGGCUCCUUUGAUUUGAAUGACAGGUCUAGUCGUUUGGGCCAAAUGCUGUCGUCCGGGACUGCUCAACUGAGAGUCAAACCAGAUCAGUUUCCAAGUUCAGUGUGUCCUGCUCCCCCUCCUCCCCCUCCUCUUCCUCCACUGCUUCCUCCUCAGCUGUCUUCUUUGCAGGCUUCAUGUCCUCCUCCUUCUAUACAACCAGGAGCUAAUAUUUAUGACUCAGAUAAUUCAGCAGCUGGAAUGAAAAAACAGCACCCAGGUGCCAGGAACACCAGUUACAACCAUCCUUCAAAAAGCCAGAGAAACAAAGAUGUUCCCAACAUGUUGGAUGUUCUAAAGGACAUGAAUAAGGUUAAGCUUCGUGCUAUUGAACGGUCACCUGGAGGCAGACCCAUUCAUAAGAGGAGAAGGCACAGCUCACACUGGGACCCCAUGUCUUUAAUAUCCCAUGCCCUGAAAAAGAAAUUUGCCUUCCAAGAAGAUGAUUCCUUCGAGAAAGAAAAUAGGCCUUGGGAGUCUUCUCCAUUUUCUAGUCCAGAAACGUCAAGGUUUGGACAUCACAUUUCACAGUCAGGACAGUGAACUUAAGGAAGAACUGACCGAUAUCAAAGGCACCAUCCCACCUGUCACCAGCGGAAGCCGUGUCUACACUGCUGGGCUGUGACUACACCACAGGGCUGCACCAGAGGUCCUCCCUGCCUUCUCACGGUCAUCUUUGAACAGUUAACUUAAGUCUCCAUCCUGGGAUCUGUUAGUGCAGAGGUCUGAAGAGCCCUGAUGGAUUUUAAGAAUACUUGUCUCUGGUUUGUCUCUGGUUUUGGAAGAUCCAACAGCUACCUGGCUACUGGGUUUGGGGUUUUUUUUUUUAAGUAUGGAUUUUUUUCCCAUGUGUGUAAAUGUUAUUGAAAGCUGAAUGCACAGUUUGAAUGAUUUUCCUAACAGCUUAAUAUUAAAUGGCUUAAUGUUUCUCCUUAGGGAACAGUAGGAUCUCACCAUGAGUAACAGGAUUCCUUAAUGGAUUAAGGAAUUGAUGUCAACUAGGUCUGUAUUGUACUCUUCAGCAAAUGCCAUAUGUUUGGGUUCUUUAAUAAAAUCAAUUAUGACUUCCAAAGAGGCUUGCAUCUUUUAAAAAUAAGUAGUGAUCUGGUUUACUUGGCUUCCAGCAACUUUUCAAAUAAGAUAAAAUUAUAAUUUCUUCAUUAAGAUAGUCCUAGCUUGAAGCAUUAUAGGUUGAGCCGCCUAAAAACUCUUCCUGAGGUAAAUGUUCUUAUUCUUAGAAGCUGGUUUUGACUGUUCAGGUCUGGAAGUGGCCUACAUUUGUUAUGUAAAUGCAUAUGCCUCAUUAUUUUAUCCUCCAUUCCUUUGUAAAGGGAGUGUGAAAUAAAUGUGCAUUUUGAGCUUGGUUGUG